UCGCGAAUGUUACCGAUAAUUAAGCAAGCGGGUUUCAAUACUAACGAAGUCUAAAUAAUUUUUUUAGUAUCAAUAGUUCUUAUCAUUACUUCUGACAAUAACUAGAACAAUGAAAACUUUGACAAAAAUCGCAAUAGUAAAGAUUUAUCUAUUGAGUGCACAACUGAGUACUCUCAUUUCUACAGAUGGUCGUAAUGCAAAGGGUGGCCAAUCUAGUUCGGGUAUUAUCUCAGGGGUUAAUGGCAUGGAAACAGAGACUUCCAAAGAUCAAACAGACCAAGGAUACAAGUAUAUUGUAGACAUUGAUCGAACUGAUUUAUCCACGCCUGGUAACACUUAUUUAUAUGCACAUUACAAUAAAGAUAACGAUUCAUAUUUGUUAUAUCGUAAAACAAUGGAGACAGGAAAUGACCUCCAAAUAUCCGCAGCCUUGAUCUUCGUGAAUAAUAAGCUUGUUUACAAAUCAAUAUUCGGUGUGAAAAUGAAUCCUGUGUGCGAUCAUUCAUAUCCCGAGGGGUCUACUGAAGCCAAUGUUUGGAAAAUUAUAAAUUUGCUUGUUAUGAACGGCCAAGAAUGCCCAAUACCAAAAGAGACAAAUUAUACUCUUCCUAUUAAGAUGUCAUCAGUAGAACUCACGUUCAAUGAAGCAAUACCAUGUGGUGAUUAUUCGUUAAAUCUCGCUUUCGAUACACCGCAGGAUAAAUUUGCAGUGGGGGCUGAUCUUGCAUUCAAAAUUGAAAAAGGCUCAACUGAGUGUACAGAUAAGACUCGUAAACUUUAGUAAUUAUUCAUUAUUGUAAUGUUUACUAUUCAAAAUGAAAAUAAAACAUUGUGAAA